CCUCAGCCUCGCGGGCGCCGGCCCAGACCUGGGGGCGACAGGUGGCAGCGGGGUGCGGAGCCCGGCAGCUGGCCUGGGUAGGAUGGACGCCGGAACGCCUCCCCUGCAGGCUCUUGCGCCUCCUGCUCUCCCCGUAGCGGGGUCAGCCUAAGCCCCAGUACGCCUUCGGCUCCGACCCGAGGCCGGCACACAGGAGUUCGGAACCCACUUGGCCCACUCUGGCAGCGUGCAGAUACAAAGACGUGUCCCCACAUACGCAUCGCGUGCCACCAAGUGCCUACCACUCGGCCAAAUGCUGGGCAUACGGAGGUGGGCGAGCUCACGUGGUGCUCGCCACGCUGGAGCUCACAGUCUAGGGGGAAAGACCCACAGCGGGGAGAUCAUCUAUAGACAUAGUGUAAACGGUGGAACUGCGGAAAGAGCGUGCGGGCGCGGGGCGAGCGUUUAACCGGCGGCCGCCAUCUCUGAAGGAUACGGGAGCGCCAACUUCAGCCUGAGCCCCACCGUUCCAGAGUGGAGGACAACAGAGCAAACACAUUUUGUUAGGAGAGAAGGUGGCUUGUUUGAGGAAAGGAAGGACUGUGGUGCCUGGCUGCAGAGAGCUCGGGGGAAGCCAGUUCCCGAACUUUCCGCUCCCUAAAAUAGGAACGCGCCUUCCCAUUGAAGAUUGAGGUGUUGAAUUUACAGGACUCAGCGGUGUUCCAGGGUCAGCCAGUGAAGUACAGGUGAAAACAGGUUUCUGGUUGGAGGAGGACGUUGAUCUGGGCUCUAAAGAGAGUGCCUGCCUCUGCGCAAACUCACUUCCCACCUGGAGUCCUCUUACCUUGCAGGGUGGCCACUGCUGCGGGUGCAGAUGUGCCUGAGAAGAUGAAGAGCCGAAUCCCAGUGGUGCUCCUGGCCUGUGGCUCCUUCAAUCCCAUCACCAACAUGCACCUGCGCUUGUUUGAAGUGGCCAGAGACCACCUACAUCAGACAGGAAUGUACCAGGUGAUCGGGGGUAUCAUCUCUCCUGUCAACGACCACUACAGGAAGCAAGGCCUUGUGGCUGCCCACCACCGGGUGGCCAUGGCCCGGCUGGCCCUGCAGACGUCCGACUGGGUCCGGGUGGACCCCUGGGAGAGCGAGCAGCUGCAGUGGACGGAGACAGUGAAGGUGCUGAGGCAUCAUCACAGCGAACUGCUCAGAUCUCUGCCCAGGAGGGAAGGCCCAGACCACAGCAGGGCUCGCACAGCCCCCACAGCUGUGCCCGAGCUGAAACUGCUCUGCGGGGCAGACGUCCUGAAGACCUUCCAGACCCCCAACCUCUGGAAAGAUGCACACAUCCAGGAGAUCGUGGAGAAAUUCGGUGUGGUGUGCGUGAGCCGCACAGGUCACAACCCAAAGGAAUACAUCUCAGGCUCGCCCAUCCUGCACCGGUACCGGCACAACAUUCACCUGGUCAGGGAGCCCGUGCAGAACGAACUCAGCUCCACAUACGUCCGGCAGGCCCUGAGCCAGGGGCACAGCGUGAAGUACCUGCUCCCAGAUGCCGUCAUCACCUAUAUCAGGGACCACAACCUCUACACCAGGGACAGUUCCUGGAAAGGCAGCAGCACCCAGAGGAGUGAAGGAAAGACAGGCUGGGAAGAGUCAGCCUCUCCACAGAACUCCUCCUGACCAAAGGGCAGUCAAGGUCUUGGGCCUUUUUUUUUUUUUUUUCUCAUGUUUCCUUUAUUUUACUUAGUCAAUGAGUUGACUUCAGAGGCAUCUUCUGUCUGAGGAAGAUACACGUUUCUUUUGGGAGGAGGAGCAGGUGCCUACAUCUCAAGAAUGGACUUUCUCCAAAGAGGUUAAAAUGGCGUGACAGGUCACUAGAACUAGACCACAGCUCUCAGAAGCUGUCACUGCAGAGGCCUUCUUAUUCUGUAAGGGGUGACUCAGGCAUGCGCAUCGAAGGCAAUUCUGCACCAGGCAGGGCCCCUGAGGGUCAGCUCAGAACUGCCCACACACAUUUUUUAACUAGAACCAGGUGCAGAUGCCUGUCUUGAUGGGAGAGACUUGACAGGAUGCUAAUUACCAAACAGUGGGCUUUGUCAACGCCUUGUUCCAACAAAAUAAUACUAAGUGAGGAGUCAAAAAUUUGGAAACAGCUCUUAACCACUGUCUGCCUGCAUAAGCUGUAGAUACAAUUUUAAAUCUUUCUAAGAAGUGACCUUCAAACAGUAUUUUUGAUAUGGCAGAUAUUUUUAACACGACUUUUUUUUUUUAAUAAAUGCCAGGACUCCUGAUUUCCAGGUUUCUAAAAAGGAACUGAGGUAAAACAGAUGCCUUGACUGUUUCAGAGGAUCUUUUUGAAUGUUUUAUGACCGCCUGCCUGUUUGAAUAUUGGCAAAGAGAUAAAUAAUAAAUUGACAUCGAAAGAUAUUAA